AUGGCACCACCCAUCGCUUCCGCGGCUCUAAGGGCGCGCGUUCGCCGGCCGUCGAUGCUCUCCAAGCUAUGCCGCCCGGAAGACAUGUUGCGCCACUUUCCCAAUGGCUCCUACAUCGGUUGGUCCGGCUUUACCGGAGUAGGCUACCCUAAGAAGAUCCCUACGUACCUCGCGGAUCACGUAGAGCAGAAUAACUUGCAGGGACAGCUGCGAUACAGCCUGUUCGUCGGCGCUUCAUCCGGUGCUGAGACCGAGAACCGAUGGGCUGCUCUAGACAUGAUCGAGCGUCGAGCUCCACACCAAGUGGGAAAGGCAAUUGCCAAAGGAAUUAAUGAAGGCAGAAUCAAGUUCUUCGACAAGCAUCUCUCCAUGUUCCCCGUGGAUUUGAUCUACGGCUUCUAUACCAAGGAUAGACCGAGCCACAAGCUGGACGUGGUCGUUGUGGAAGCAACGGAUAUCAAGGAGGACGGCAGUAUCGUCCCUGGUGCAUCUAUUGGCGCGACGCCGGAGCUAGUUCAGCUCGCGGACAAGAUCAUUAUCGAAGUAAACACCUCGCUACCAAGCUUCGAGGGUUUGCACGACAUUACGAUGACGGACCUGCCUCCCCGGCGGAAGCCGUACCUGAUCAUGGGCGUUGAGGACCGGAUCGGCACCACGUCGAUCCCCAUCGACCCGGAGAAAGUUGUGGGCAUUGUCGAGUCUGACUACCAGGACCAGACCUUGCCCAAUGCGCCGGCCGACGACAAGUCGAAGGCCAUUGCAGGCCACCUGAUCGAGUUCCUCGAACACGAAGUGAAGCACGGCCGUCUCCCCAAUUCUCUCCUUCCGAUCCAGUCUGGCAUCGGCAACAUCGCCAACGCCGUCAUCGGCGGGCUCCAGGAGUCGAAUUUCAGGAACCUCAAGGUCUGGACCGAGGUCAUCCAGGACACCUUCCUCGACCUGUUCGACUCGGGGAAGCUGGACUUUGCCACGGCGACGUCGAUCCGCUUCUCGCCGGACGGGUUCAAGCGGUUCUACGACAACUGGGAGUCGUACUACGACAAGCUGCUCCUGCGCUCGCAGCAGGUCAGCAACUCGCCCGAGAUCAUCCGGAGGCUGGGCGUCAUCGGCAUGAACACGCCGGUCGAGGUGGACAUCUACGCGCACGCCAACUCGACGUGCGUCAUGGGCAGCCGCAUGCUCAACGGGCUGGGCGGGUCGGCGGACUUCCUCCGGAGCGCAAAGUACAGCGUCAUGCACACGCCGUCGACGCGGCCGAGCAAGACGGACCCGCACGGCGUCAGCUGCAUCGUGCCCAUGUGCACGCACGUGGACCAGACCGAGCACGACCUCGACGUGAUCGUGACCGAGAACGGGCUCGCCGACGUGCGGGGCCUGAGCCCGCGCGAGAGGGCGCGCGUCAUCAUCGAUCAGUGCGUCCACGAGGUCUACAAGCCCAUCCUCAGCGCCUAUUUCGAGAAGGCCGAGUUCGAGUGCCUGCGCAAGGGCUGGGGACACGAGCCUCACCUCCUGUGGAACACCUUUGACAUGCACAAGGCCCUGGUGGAGGAGGGCAGCAUGCGGAAGGUCAAGAGCUUCUAA